AGCGGGGUCCGCGUCCCAUCUUUAAUUUUCAAGGAGAGCCUUACGGAUCCCCAAGGGCGAUUGCGAUUGUUGUGAUCGCACGCCGAGUAAGACCCGAGACAAGAUGAUUGGAAUUGUGCGACAGGCGGGACCACAUGGCUCGGGACGCACCGAGGCUGCAGACGCAGACGCAGGGCUGUCGUCGCCGUCUGCGAUCCCGCUCCAGACUGUCCUCUCCAGGACAGCAACGCGACAGAGCAGCAAUGCUACCGGCGGCAAUGGCGGGAGCGGUGACAGCAGGGACAACAUCGACUCCAUCACGACGCAGCAGAGCUUCGUGGAGCCUCCGUCGUCGUCGAGUGCAGCAAUGGCAGCACAGCAGGAGGGCGGCUUGCAGGGCUGGACCGUCGUCGCGGGCAGCACCGCCAUCUUUUUCACCACAGUCGGCCUCGUCUACUGCUUUGGUGUGCUCCAGUCCGAGCUCAUCUCGCGCCACUACUCAUCCUCCUCCACCCUCGGCUGGGUGUCGAGCGUAACCGUCGUCAUUGCCCCCUUGUGCUCCAUUCCCAUCACCGCCCUCAUCCGCCGCACCUCGAAUCGAACCGUGGGCUUGAUGGGAGCAGCCUGCACCAGCGUCGGCUACAUUGCCACGUCUUUCACCUUCAAGAAUGGCAAUGUUCCCUACCUCUUUCUUGCCCAGGCCAUCUUCGGCUUUGGCUACGCGCUCAAUUUCUGGGCAUCCAACUCGCUGGCCGCGCAGUACUUUGAGCGCAAACGGGGCUUGGCCGUCGGCAUCGUCUACGCCGGCAGCGGUGUGGGUGGGGCCGUGCUGAGCAUCGGGUUGAGCCGCCUCAUCCGUCGUGUCGGCCUCGAGUGGGCAGUCUGCAUUUACGGUCUCAUGGCGCUUCUCAUCCUCGUCCCCGCUAGCUUCACGCUCCGGCAGCGCGGCUCCGUCACGGUGGCCUCGCUCAAGCUCGACUACUUUCGCCAGCCCAACUUUCUCCUCCUCUUCUUCGGCACGGCCCUCAACACAUUCGCCCUCUUUGUCCCUCCCUUUUUCCUACCCACCUACGCCGUCGCCGCCGGCUACUCGUCUGAGACGGGCGCCUGGCUCGUGGCCGGCUACAACUUUGCGAGCGCAGUGGGGCGAAUCAUGUUUGGCCUCAUGGCCGACUCGCGGCUGGGCCCCGUGACGACGCUGUGCGUCGCCUUCAUCCUCAUGGCCACGACGAUUCUCUCCAUCUGGGUAGCUGCAGGCACCUACCUGCCCCCGCUCGUCAUCUUUCUCCUCCUCAACGGCGCCGCCGGAGGGGCGCUCCUCAGCCUCCAGCCGACCGUAGUCGCUUCGAUGUACGGCACCUCUGAGCUGGCCGUGACCAUGGCAAUGGUCACCAUUGGCCGCUGCGUCGGAUCGGCGCUGGGUGCGCCCAUCGCCGGCUACCUCCUCGACGCCUUCGGAGGACCACAGGGCGGCACCCCUCCCUUCCGGCCGGCUCUGCUCGUGAUUGGAAGCAUCUCGUUCCUGGCUGCGAUGUGCCUGUUGACGCUUCGGCUGCGCAUGGGUGGGCUGAGCCUCAAAAAGCGAAUCUGAGGACCUCGAAUCGGAGCACGCAAACGCAUCGUCGAUCGACUUCAGUCUUAGUAGCAGAGAAUUGUCACAUCUAUCUCUUCUCUUUUUCGCUGUGCAACUUCCUCUACUACAAUGAAGGCU